GAAGGAGGCUCGGGACCGACUCGGCUGCUGCUCUUGCCAGCUCCCGGCAGCAGGCACCGGCACCCGAAGAAGCCGGUCGUGGGACGACCCGGCCUCUGUCUGGCCCAGCCAUGGACCGAAAGGUGGCCCGAGAAUUCCGGCACAAGGUGGAUUUCCUGAUUGAAAAUGAUGCAGAGAAGGACUAUCUCUAUGACGUGCUGCGGAUGUACCACCAGACCAUGGAUGUGGCCGUGCUCGUGGGAGACCUGAAACUGGUCAUCAACGAGCCCAGCCGCCUACCCCUCUUUGAUGCCAUCCGGCCCCUGAUCCCACUGAAGCACCAGGUGGAAUAUGACCAGCUGACCCCACGGCGCUCCAGGAAGCUGAAGGAGGUGCGUCUGGACCGCCUACACCCCGAAGGCCUUGGCCUCAGCGUGCGUGGCGGCCUCGAGUUUGGCUGUGGGCUCUUCAUCUCCCACCUCAUCAAAGGUGGUCAGGCAGACAGCGUCGGGCUCCAGGUAGGGGAUGAGAUCGUCCGGAUCAAUGGGUAUUCCAUCUCCUCCUGCACCCACGAGGAGGUCAUCAACCUCAUCCGAACCAAGAAGACUGUGUCCAUCAAAGUGAGACACAUUGGCCUGAUCCCUGUGAAGAGCAAUCCCGACGAGCCUCUCAAGUGGCAGUAUGUGGAUCAGUUUGUGUCAGAAUCCGAGGGCGGACGGGGCAGUUUGGGCUCUACUGGGAAUCGGGAAAACAAGGAGAAGAAGAUCUUCAUCAGCCUGGUGGGCUCCCGGGGCCUUGGCUGCAGCAUCUCCAGUGGCCCCAUCCAGAAACCCGGCAUCUUCAUCAGCCACGUGAAGCCUGGCUCCUUGUCUGCCGAAGUGGGCUUGGAGACAGGGGAUCAGAUUGUCGAAGUCAACGGUAUUGAUUUCUCCAACCUGGACCACAAAGAGGCUGUGAAUGUGCUGAAGAGUAGCCGCAGCCUGACCAUCUCCAUCGUAGCAGGGGCUGGCCGGGAGCUGUUCAUGACAGACCGGGAGCGGCUGGAGGAGGCCCGGCAGCGCGAGCUGCAGCGGCAAGAGCUUCUGAUGCAGAAGCGGCUGGCGAUGGAGUCCAACAAGAUCCUCCAGGAGCAGCAGGAGAUGGAGCGGCAAAGGAGAAAGGAAAUUGCCCAGAAGGCAGCAGAGGAAAAUGAGAGAUACCGGAAGGAGAUGGAACAGAUUGUAGAAGAGGAAGAGAAGUUUAAGAAGCAGUGGGAAGAAGACUGGGGCUCGAAGGAACAGCUGCUCUUACCUCAAACCAUCACCGCCGAGGUGCACCCGGUACCCCUUCGCAAGCCAAAGUAUGAUCAGGGAGUGGAGCCCAAGCUUGAGCCCGCAGACGACCUGGAUGGAGGCAUGGAGGAGCUGGGAGAGCAGGACUUCCGGAAAUAUGAGGAAGGCUUUGACCCCUACUCAAUGUUCACCCCAGAGCAGAUCAUAGGAAAGGACGUCCGGCUUCUGCGCAUUAAGAAGGAGGGAUCUUUAGAUUUGGCCCUGGAAGGUGGUGUGGACUCCCCGAUUGGGAAGGUGGUCGUCUCUGCUGUUUACGAGGGGGGAGCAGCCGAGCGGCAUGGUGGCAUUGUGAAAGGGGAUGAGAUCAUGGCGAUCAAUGGCAAGAUUGUGACGGACUAUACUCUGGCUGAGGCUGAGGCUGCCCUGCAGAAGGCCUGGCAUCAAGGGGGGGACUGGAUGGACCUUGUUGUUGCCGUCUGUCCCCCCAAGGAGUACGACGAUGAACUGACCUUCUUCUGAAGUCCAGAAGAAACCAAAUUCAGCCCUAGAAGAUGAUGAGCUCUGGCCCACCUCCUGAACACAAAGCCUGGGACCAGC